AUGCAGUCCGGCUACGGCGGCGUGUCCGAGUUCCAGCAGUUCAUCAUGGACGGCGGCUUUGCCAUGUCCGCGCCGCCGCCUCAGCAGCAGCCGCCUCAGCCCGCCGCCGCCCAGGAGCUGGGCGGGCCCUUCAGGUACCAGCCGCUGCACCACCACGCGCUGCCGCCGCAGCACCACCACCACGCGCCGCACAUGCCGCCGCACUUCGCCCACUUCGGCGCCGCCCCGUCGCCGCCCUUCACGCAGCAGCUGCUGCACCAGGCGGCCGCCGCGGGGCACCACCACCUCCAGCUCUUCCACGAGCAGCAGCAGCAGCAGCAUCACCACCACCACAAGCCCCAGCCGCCUCCGCAUCAGCAGCAGCAGCAGCAUCACCACCAGCCGCCGGCGAGAUGGGCACCGCAGCCGCAGCAGCACCAGCACCACCAGCAGCCGCAGGCCCAGACGCAUCACCACCACCACCACCACCUCGGAUUUGACGUCGAGGCCGCCGUGCCGGAGAGCUCGGGGGCGGCGGGCGGCGGGAGCGCCGCGGCCUCGGGCGGCGCCACCCCUCCGGGCGUGCCCCCGUUCUUGGCAGCCGCCAUGAACUUCAAGCUGGCGGUCGACCCCGGCGGCGGCAGCGGCGCCACGGGAGGCACCGACGACGGCCUCAACGACGGGGGUGGCGCCGCGGGCAGCGGCAUGAUGCUUCACGUUGGCGGCGGCGGCGGCGACGACGAGGCCGCCACUGAGAGCCGCCUCCGCCGCUGGACCGGCGACGAGGAGACCUCCAUCAAAGAACCUACCUGGCGGCCGUUGGACAUCGACUACUUACACAGCUCGAGCAGCAGCAAGAGGACGGGAAAGGAGAAGGUGGCCACGCCCGAGUCCCCCGCGCCGGCUGCCGCCGCCAAUUACUUCAAGAAAGGCCCAGGCGACGACAAUGCCGCUGCCGCAGCCGCUGCGGCCGCGGGCGGCGGCAACUACAAGCUGUUCAGCGAGCUGGAGGCCAUCUACAAGCCGGGGAGCGGCGGCGCGGGCGUCGGCCAGACGGGGUCCGGCUCCGGCCUCACCGGAGACGACAAUGCCAUCCUCGAGCCGGCCAUCGCCGACCUCCCGGACGUGGCGGCCGCGGGCCCGCAGCUCAACACGUCGGAGACUUCGGCUGGGGAGGAGGUGGCCGCGGUGGUGCAGCCGCAGCCGCAGCCCCAGCCUUCGACGGACGCGGCGCGGCGCAAGCGGAAGCGUCGGCGGCAGCAGCUGGAGCAGCUGAGCGCGUCGGCGUCCUUCUUCGAGCGGCUGGUGCAGCGGCUGAUGGAGCACCAGGAGAGCCUCCACCGGCAGUUCCUGGAGGCCAUGGAGCGGCGCGAGCGGGAGCGCGCCGCGCGGGACGAGGCGUGGCGGCGGCAGGAGGCUGACAAGUUCGCCCGCGAGGCCAGCGCGCGCGCGCAGAACCGCGCCAGCGCCGCGGCGCGGGAGGCCGCCAUCAUCGCCUACCUGGAGAAGAUCUCGGGCGAGUCCAUCACGCUCCCGCCGGCGCCACCGCCCGCCGCGGCGUCCGGCGACGACACGAGCCAGGACGCGACGGCGGCCGGCAACGGCAAGGAGCUGGUGCCGUACGACGGCGGGGACGCGACGGCGCCCGAGGGGGUCGGGUCGCUGCACCUCAGCACGUCGCGUUGGCCCAAGCACGAGGUGGAGGCGCUGAUCCGGGUGCGGACGGGGCUGGAGGGGCGGUUCCAGGAGCCCGGGCUCAAGGGCCCGCUGUGGGAGGAGGUGAGCGCGCGCAUGGCGGCGGCGGGCUACGGCCGCAGCGCCAAGCGCUGCAAGGAGAAGUGGGAGAACAUCAACAAGUACUUCCGCAAGGCCAAGGAGAGCGGCAAGAAGCGGCCGGCGCACGCCAAGACGUGCCCCUACUUCGACGAGCUGGACAGGCUCUACUCCCGCUCGGGUCACUCGGCGGCGGCGCGCGACGGCAAGUCCAAUGCCGGGGGAGGCGAGGCCAAGCAGGUGAGCUCGGAGCUGCUGGACGCGGUGGUCAAGUACCCCGACGUGCGCUACGGCCCGCCGGGGUUCGGGAUGGACAGGGAGCAGGCCUCCGGCGGCGGCGGUGGCAAUAACGCUAAUAAUGAAGGUGGAGAGGACGACGGCGCCGAGGAUGUCGACGGGGAGGAGGACGGCAUUGGCAAGGGGAGGGCCGGCGAUGAUCAGGACGACGAGGUGGACAGCCAUGGCCACGAUGAUGAGUAG